AUGGAUCAAGAAAAUAAGGAUUCAACGCAAAAGCCCGAAGCUGAAGUAAUCACUCUUGAAGACAAUGAAGAAGAUAAAGUGGUUACCAUUAAUGACGUGUUCUCCGACAGUGAUGAUGAAUGCCAAUUCAUGACCGAGAAAAACACGAAGAUCUGCACUUACCCUGAAGGAUACAAACCUCGCCAAGCCAUUUACACCUGCACUACUUGUGCUCCUUCGCCACCUUUUGCUGCUAUCUGUGUUGGAUGUGCAGUGAAUUGCCAUGAAGGGCAUACUUUGAUUAAUCUCUACACCAAACGCCGUCUCUGCUGUGAUUGUGGAAACUCUCGAACUCCCAACAACAAGUGCACGCUUUUUGAAGAAAAAGCUCACGAGAACAGGCGCAACGUUUACGACCAUAACUUUGAUGGAUCGUUUUGCAUGUACAAAUGCACCUGGAAUCCCGACGAAUCUCAAGCUGAACCCAUGGCUCAAUGUCUCCUCUGCGAAGAUUGGUUUCAUUUUUCACACCUUGGAAUGGACAUUGACAAGAAAGAAACUCCUCCAGCUGGAGAUUUAAUCUGUGUGCGUUGUGUUGACAAAUACCCAUGGGUUCGAGCGUUGAUGGCUAAUCCAGAAGGCACUUUUUGCGUAGUUAAGCAAAUGAGGGAAAAUACGGAACUUUCGGAGAAAGCUGUCAGGUUUGUCAUAUUACGCCCUGAUGUAUGGAGAAAGAAUCUUUGCAAGUGCAACGAUUGUUUGGCUUAUCUUGAAGAUGCUGGUCUUGAAUAUUUGUACGAUGAGGAUGACAUGCUUUCGGUCUAUGAAAAAGAGCUUGAAGCUGAAAAAGAGGAAGAAGAACCAGCAAAUUUCACCGAGCUUGCCACUAGAAUGGUUGGUGAUAAGGGUCCCGAUGCCGUACUUUAUGCCGUCCAAUGUAUCAACGCAUUCAAGGCUGAACUCGAUACAAUGCUGAAAGAAGCUGCUGAGAAAAACCAGGUUGUCACUAAGGACCAUGUGAAUCAAUUCAUGGAAAAGAUUCACAAGCGACGGCUUGAAGAACGAGAACGACUUGAAAACGAAGCGGCGAAGAGGGCACGACUUGAGGGAUAUCAGGCAGAAGACGAUCAUCCUGGCGAU